AUGCCCGUCGACGACCUAAUCACCACUCUCUCCGACUCGGACGUCUCCGACGAAGAGACGGAGGAAGUCGCAAUCGAACACCCCGCCGCACCACCCAGCAAAAAACGCAAGCGAGAAGUCAAAGAGCAAUCCGCCGUCAAGAAACAACGAGAAGACAAAGAUGCCGACCUCGAGUCGGACUUUGAAUUCGAGAAUGAAGGUGGAGAUGCGGCGUUGGAUGAUCUGGAUACUUGGGCGUUGAGUGGGGAUCUGGCGAGUCAGCCCGGGAGUAUUGAGGCUAUUGUUGCGAGGAGACGGCCGAAGAGUGAUGGAGAGGAGACGAAGAAGAAGGGGGAGGUUGAGAGUGAGGAUGAAGAGGAGGAGGAGGAGGAGGAUAGCGAAGAUGAGGGCAUUGGUGCGGAUUAUGGAGAGGAGGGGAGUGAGGAGGAGUUUUCGACGGCGAUUAGUUUUCAGGAUGGCGAGGAUGAGGGUGAGGAUGGAGAUGGGGAAGAGCAGGGUGAUAAGGAGGAUGCGGAAGAUGAGGAUGAUGGAGAUGAAGUCAUAAAGCAUGUCCCUCAUCCGGACGACGUGGCUGCAGAGUCUGGAUCGGAGAAUGGCGAGGACGCCGUCGAGACGGAGAAGCGUAAUGCUUUCUUCGCGAACGACAGCGAGUCGAAGAACGCUGCGCCUGGUGCUACUGCUUUCUCUACGAUGAACUUGUCAAGACCGAUCUUGAAAGGUCUCGCGGCUGUCGGCUUCAACACACCCACACCUAUUCAAGCAAAGACGAUACCAGUCGCAUUGGAAGGCAAGGACCUGGUUGGAGGUGCUGUGACUGGAUCAGGUAAAACAGGUGCUUUCCUCAUUCCAAUCCUCGAGCGUCUCCUGUUCCGACCGAAACGGACUGCCACUACUCGCGUGGUCAUCCUCAUGCCAACCCGUGAACUGGCGCUUCAAUGUUUCGCCGUGGCGAAGAAGCUCGCCAGCUUCACGGACAUCACCUUUGGACAGGCUAUCGGAGGUCUCAACUCACGCGAGCAGGAGAAGCAGCUCAAGCUCCGUCCGGACAUCGUCAUCGCCACGCCUGGUCGUUUCAUUGAUCUUGAACGCAAUUCAGCUUCCUUCACGGUCUCUACUGUUGAGAUUCUUGUGCUGGACGAAGCAGAUCGCAUGCUUGAGGAGGGAUUCGCGGACGAGCUCAACGAGAUCUUGAACAAGAUUCCGAAAUCUCGACAGACCAUGCUCUUCUCUGCUACCAUGACUUCAAAAGUCGACGACCUGAUCCGUGUCGGCCUUCAACGACCCGUUCGCCUGCUCGUGGACGCGCAAAGACAGACCGUCUCGGGUCUCGUACAAGAAUUCGUCCGUCUGCGACCCGGCCGAGAAAGCAAGCGCCUAGCAUACCUGAUGAAUCUCGCCGAAUCAGUCUACACCGACCGAGUCAUCAUCUUCUUCCGCCAAAAGAAGGAAGCCCAUCGCGUCCGAGUCAUCUUCGCCCUCUGCGGCCUCAACGCCGCCGAACUCCACGGCAGCAUGUCCCAAGAACAACGCAUCAACGCCAUCGAAUCCUUCCGAACCGGCAAAGCCAACUACCUCCUCGCCACGGACCUCGCCUCCCGUGGUCUGGAUAUCAAAGGCAUCGAAACGGUCAUCAACUACGAAGCACCCCAGUCCCACGAAAUCUACCUCCAUCGUGUCGGCCGUACCGCCCGUGCUGGACGAACCGGCCGAUCAUGCACUCUCGCCGCCGAACCCGACCGUAAAGUUGUCAAAGCAGCCGUCAAAUCAGGAAAAGCUCAAGGCGCAGUCAUCAAGCAACGUACCAUCGACCCCUCCGACGUCGACGCCUGGCAAACUCGGCUCGAAGCUCUAGAGUCCGAAGUCGAAGACGUCCUUCGCGAAGAGAAAGAAGAGAAGGCCCUCCAGCAAGUCGAUCGCGACCUGACCAAAGCGGACAACAUCGUCAAGUACGAGGCGGAAAUCAAAGCCCGGCCGAGGAAGACGUGGUUUGAGAGUGAGAAGGAUAAGCAGGCGAGUCGGGAUAAGGGCUUUAGUGCGUUGAAUGGGCCGGCGGAUGAGGAAGCAAAGAAGGGGAAGAAGAAGGGGAAGCUGAGUAAUAAGGAUAAGAAGAAGCUGCAGGAUAAGGAUGAUCGGGCGGCGGGCGCGAUGUGGAAGAAGAUAGCGAGUCGGGGGAGUCUGCUAUGUCUGGUGGUGGUGCUGACGGCUAGGAGUUCGAUUGGGUAA